UCGGAUCUUUCUUUCCACAUUGAUCAUCGCAGGAAGAAUUGUCUACUAUUUCAAAUUCAAUCAUUAUCAGCUGUGCGAACUAGCUAAGUACGUUGCAUUUCGUGGAAGUAUUUGAAGGAAAAAUGUGUACUCAAACGAAGGCUGCUUCCCUAAUGGCGAACAUUCCAGAGGCAGAAAUCGACCCGACGGGUGUGUUCAAAUACGUUCUCAUUCGAGUACACAGUAAAGAAGACGGCGACGAUUCGAGCGUAGAUAUUGUACGUGGAUAUGCCUGGGCCGAAUAUCAUGCGGAUAUCUAUGACAAGGUAGCAGAGGAGCUUGAGAAAGGAGGGCACCUGGACUGUGAAUGUAUUGGAGGAGGAAGGAUUAAGCACGACUGCCAGUCAAAGAAGAUCCACGUCUAUGGCUACUCCAUGGGCUUUGGCAAAGCAAAUCACGCUGUUUCCACAGAGAAACUGAAGGUGCGGUAUCCUAAAUACGAGAUCACCUGGGCUGAUGAGGGAUACUGACCUAAACUGGACCCACCUCUGUGCUUGGACUUGGUUCGGGCCUGAUUCCUUCCUGAGUGUGGACCAACAGAACACUGCAAAACCUCAGUGGCAUCACAGUAUGUGAGAUCUGAAGACAAACCUGUCGGUACAAAGAUGGGACUAAGACUGACACAUUACCUAGUUCAUCGUUUCCCAAACUCAGUCCUAGGGACCCCAAGGGGUGCAUAUUAAUUUUUGUUGCCUUACACACAGUGUAUUCAAAUGAUCAAAUCAUCAUCAAGCUUUGUUUAUUUGAAUCAGCUGUGAGGUGCAUAUUAAUUUUUGUUGCCUUACACACAGUGUAUUCAAAUGAUCAAAUCAUCAUCAAGCUUUGUUUAUUUGAAUCCGCUGUGAAGUGCUAAGGUAAAAAGUUUGGGAAAUGCUGACCUAGUUGCUGACUAAUAUACUCAGAACAGUGCUUGAUUUUUGUAUUUUGUUUCAGUGAAACAAUACAUGGAAAACAUUACUUAACAGGAAUCUUUUCAUGUUUAACCAUAAAACUAAUAAAUGUUUACAUGGAUUUAA